UCACAUGACAUAGCUUCUGGAGGCGGGGGCUCUCGGCCAAGAUGGCGGCUUACCUGCAGUGGCGGCGCUUCGUUUUUUUCGACAAGGAACUGGUGAAGGAGCCGCUGGGCAAUGAUGGGGCCGCUCCCGGAACCGCGCCUGCCUCUGGAUCUACUGUUUCCAAGUUCCUUUGCCUCCCCCCUGGAAUCACUGUCUGCGACUCAGGCAGAGGGAGCUUGGUCUUUGGAGAUAUGGAAGGCCAAAUAUGGUUCUUGCCACGUUCCCUACAGCUUACAGGUUUCCAGGCCUAUAAACUACGGGUAACACACCUGUACCAAUUGAAGCAGCACAAUAUUCUAGCAUCUGUUGGUGAGGAUGAAGAGGGAAUCAACCCCCUGGUAAAGAUCUGGAACUUGGAGAAGAGAGAUGGUGGCAAUCCACUAUGCACCCGAAUCUUCCCUGCAAUCCCAGGAACAGAGCCAACUGUUGUGUCCUGUUUGACUGUCCAUGAAAAUCUCAACUUUAUGGCCAUCGGAUUCACAGAUGGCAGUGUUACAUUGAACAAAGGUGACAUCACUCGGGACCGACAUAGCAAGACUCAGAUUUUGCACAAAGGCAACUAUCCUGUUACUGGACUGGCCUUUCGCCAAGCAGGAAAGACCACUCACUUGUUUGUCGUAACAACAGAGAAUGUCCAGUCCUAUAUAGUUUCUGGAAAGGACUACCCUCGUGUGGAGUUGGACACCCAUGGUUGUGGUCUGCGCUGCUCAGCACUAAGUGACCCUUCUCAGGAUCUGCAAUUCAUUGUGGCUGGUGAUGAAUGUGUCUACCUUUAUCAGCCUGAUGAACGUGGGCCCUGCUUUGCCUUUGAGGGCCAUAAGCUCAUUGCCCAUUGGUUUAGAGGCUACCUUGUCAUUGUCUCUCGUGACCGGAAGGUUUCUCCCAAGUCAGAGUUUACCAGCAGGGACUCUCAGAGCUCCGACAAGCAAAUUCUCAACAUCUAUGACCUGUGCAACAAGUUCAUAGCCUAUAGUGCUGUCUUUGAGGAUAUAGUGGAUGUGCUUGCUGAGUGGGGAUCCCUGUACGUGCUGACGCGGGAUGGGCGGGUCCACGCACUGCAGGAGAAGGACACACAGACCAAACUGGAGAUGCUAUUUAAGAAGAAUUUAUUUGAGAUGGCUAUUAACCUGGCCAAGAGCCAACAUCUGGACAGUGAUGGGCUGGCCCAGAUCUUCAUGCAGUAUGGAGACCAUCUCUAUAGCAAGGGCAACCAUGAUGGGGCCGUCCAGCAAUAUAUCCGAACCAUUGGAAAGUUGGAGCCAUCAUAUGUGAUCCGCAAGUUUCUGGAUGCUCAGCGCAUCCACAACCUGACCGCCUAUCUGCAGACCCUGCACCGACAAUCUCUGGCCAAUGCUGACCAUACCACCCUGCUUCUGAACUGCUAUACCAAGCUUAAGGACAGCUCAAAGUUGGAGGAGUUCAUCAAGACAAAGAGCGAGAGUGAAGUCCACUUUGAUGUGGAGACAGCCAUCAAGGUUCUCCGGCAGGCUGGCUACUACUCCCAUGCCCUCUAUCUGGCUGAGAACCAUGCACAUCAUGAGUGGUACUUGAAGAUCCAGCUAGAGGACAUUAAGAAUUAUCAGGAAGCCCUUCGCUAUAUCGGCAAGCUGCCUUUUGAGCAGGCAGAGAGCAACAUGAAACGCUAUGGCAAAAUCCUCAUGCACCACAUACCAGAGCAGACAACCCAUUUGCUAAAGGGACUUUGUACUGACUAUCGACCAAGCCCAGAAGGCCGAGGAGACAGGGAUGCUCCAGGAUGCAGGGCCAACUCUGAGGAGUUCAUCCCCAUCUUUGCAAACAACCCAAGAGAGCUGAAAGCCUUUCUAGAGCACAUGAGUGAAGUACAGCCAGACUCACCCCAGGGAAUCUAUGAUACCCUCCUUGAGCUACGGCUGCAAAACUGGGCCCAUGAAAAGGAUCCACAGAUCAAAGAGAAGCUUCAUGCAGAGGCCAUUUCCCUGCUGAAAAGUGGCCGCUUCUGUGACGUCUUUGACAAGGCGCUGGUCCUGUGCCAGAUGCAUGACUUCCAGGAUGGAGUCCUUUACCUCUAUGAACAAGGGAAACUGUUCCAGCAAAUUAUGCACUACCACAUGCAGCAUGAACAGUACCGGCAGGUGAUCGCGGUGUGUGAGCGCCAUGGGGAGCAGGACCCCUCAUUGUGGGAACAGGCCCUCAGCUACUUUGCCCGCAAGGAAGAGGACUGCAAGGAGUAUGUGGCAGCUGUGCUCAAGCAUAUUGAAAGCAAGAACCUCAUGCCACCUCUUCUAGUGGUGCAGACUCUGGCUCACAAUUCUACAGCCACCCUAUCCGUCAUCAGAGACUACCUGGUCCAAAAACUGCAGAAACAGAGCCAGCAGAUUGCACAGGAUGAGCUGCGGGUACGGCGGUACAGAGAGGAGACCACCCGCAUCCGCCAGGAGAUCCAGGAGCUCAAGGCAAGUCCAAAGAUUUUCCAGAAGACCAAGUGUAGCAUCUGUAACAGUGCCUUGGAGUUGCCCUCAGUCCAUUUCCUGUGUGGCCAUUCCUUCCAUCAGCACUGCUUUGAGAGUUACUCUGAAAGUGAUGCUGACUGCCCCACCUGCCUCCCUGAAAACCGGAAGGUCAUGGAUAUGAUCCGCGCCCAGGAACAGAAACGAGAUCUCCACGAUCAGUUCCAGCACCAGCUCAAGUGCUCCAACGACAGCUUCUCUGUGAUUGCUGACUACUUUGGCCGAGGCGUUUUCAAUAAAUUGACUCUGCUGACUGACCCUCCCACAGCUAGACUGACCCCUAGCCUGGAAGCGGGGCUGCAGCGGGAUCUGCUGAUGCACUCCAAGAGGGGAACUUAAGUAGCUCUUGGGAAAGCCUGUGGCAUGGUGGAUAUGGGCCAUGGUUGCACAGAAGGGAGGCAGAAGUGCCCACGGCUCCACUCUGAUUUGAUGCCAUUGCCCUCAUGAUCUGAGGGGACUUUCUUUUCAUGCCCCUUUUGCCAGCCUGCUGUCCUUCCUGUUGACUAGCAGAAUAGAUUAAUCCAGACUAAUGGGGGAGGGCACCUCAGCAACCUCUGAGUGUGGACAAUAGCUGCUUUAUUCUCUGUUCAAGAGCACCAGGCUGUGCUUGGGUCCCUGCUCUGAGUCUAUAAAUAAAAGAAUAUAAUGAUUUGA